AUGGCCAAGGCCAGCGUGGAGCUCACCCGCGAGCUGCAAGGCAUCCCGGCUCCAAGACCCCGGCCCCUGCAUCCCAGCCUGGGCAUCGCUGUCCGCGGAACAUCCUCCGCUGCCCCCCUUGCCUCACCCUGUCAGGACCUUCCCGUCCCUGAGCCGCCCGUCCCGCUCUUUGACAGCAUCCGGAGGUGCCUGAGCCAAGGAGCUGUGCUCCAACAACAUCGUGUGAAGUUGGAGACAAAGCCCAAGAAGUUUGAGGACCGAGUGCUGGCCCUGACCUCCUGGCGCCUCCACCUCUUCCCCCUUAAAGUCCCGGCCAAGGUGGAGAGCUCCUUCAAUGUCCUGGAGAUCCGUGCCUUCAACACGCUCAGUCAGAACCAGAUCCUGGUGGAGACAGAGCGUGGCAUGGUGAGCAUGCGGCUGCCAUCAGCAGAGAGCGUGGACCAGGUGACACGACAUGUGAGCUCUGCCCUCUCCAAGGUCUGCCCUGGCCCUGGGUGUUUGAUCCGGCGUGGAAACGCAGACACCCCAGAGGGGCCCCGAGACACAUCCCCCAACUCUGAGACCUCCACAUCUACCACUCACAGUGUCUGCGGUGGCUUCUCUGAGACCUACGCUGCCCUAUGUGACUACAAUGGCCUGCACUGCCGUGAGGAGGUGCAAUGGGAUGUGGACACCAUCUACCAUGCUGAGGAUAACCGGGAGUUCAAUCUUCUGGAUUUCAGCCACUUGGAGAGCAGAGACUUGGCCCUAAUGGUGGCAGCCCUGGCCUACAACCAGUGGUUCACCAAACUCUACUGCAAGGACCUGCGGCUGGGCUCUGAAGUGCUAGAACAGGUGCUACACACGCUGAGCAAGUCGGGGAGCCUCGAAGAGCUGGUGCUGGACAACACCGGGCUUAAGACGGACUUUGUCCAGAAGCUGGCCGGGGUGUUUGGGGAGAACGGGAGCUGUGUGCUGCAUGCCCUCACUCUGUCCCACAACCCCAUCGAGGACAAGGGUUUCCUCAGUCUGAGCCAGCAGCUCCUCUGCUUCCCCACUGGCCUCACCAAACUGUGCCUGGCCAAGACUGCCAUUUCCCCUCGAGGGCUCCAGGCGCUUGGCCAGACCUUCGGGGCCAACCCGGCCUUUGCCAGCUCCCUGCGAUACCUGGACCUGAGUAAGAACCCUGGGCUGCUCGCCACGGACGAGGCCAAUGCCCUCUACAGCUUCCUGGCCCAGCCCAACGCCCUGGUGCACUUGGACCUGUCGGGGACUGACUGCGCCAUCGACUCGCUUCUGGGUGCCCUGCUCCAUGGCUGCUGCUCCCACCUUACCUACCUCAACCUGGCUCGCAACAGCUGCUCCCACAGGAAGUGUCGAGAGGGCCCGCCAGCCUUCAAGCAGUUCUUCAGCAGCACCUACACACUGAGCCACGUCAACCUGUCCACCACGAAGCUGCCCUUGGAGGCCCUCAGGGCGCUGCUUCAGGGCCUCUCCCUCAACAGUCACCUCAGUGACCUGCACCUGGACCUCAGCAGCUGUGAGCUCCGCUCAGCGGGAGCCCAGGCCUUGCAGGAGCAGCUGGGGGCUGUCACCUGUGUAGGCAGCCUGGAUCUGUCAGACAAUGGCUUCGACUCGGACCUCCUGACGCUGGUGCCUGCGCUUGGCAAGAACAAGUCCCUCAAACACCUUUUCCUGGGCAAGAACUUCAAUGUCAAGGCCAAGACCCUGGAGGAGAUCCUCCACAAGCUGGUGCAGCUGAUCCAGGAGGAGGACUGUUCCCUGCAGUCACUGUCAGUGGCAGACUCCCGGCUGAAGCUUCGCACCAGCAUCCUCAUCAAUGCCCUGGGCAGCAACACCUGCCUGGCCAAGGUGGAUCUGAGCGGCAAUGGCAUGGAGGACAUCGGGGCCAAGAUGCUGUCUAAGGCCCUGCAGAUCAACUCCUCCCUCAGAACUAUCCUGUGGGACCGGAAUAAUACAUCUGCCCUGGGCUUCCUGGACAUCGCAAGGGCCCUGGAGAGCAACCACACACUGCGCUUCAUGUCCUUCCCCGUGAGCGACAUCUCUCAAGCCUACCGCAGUGCCCCCGAGCGCACCGAGGAUGUCUGGCAGAAGAUCCAGUGGUGCCUAGUGAGGAACAACCACUCCCAGACGUGUCCCCAGGAGCAGGCCUUCAGGCUGCAGCAGGGCCUGGUGACCAGCAGCGCCGAGCAAAUGCUGCAGCGGCUAUGUGGACGAGUGCAGGAGGAGGUGCGGGCCCUGAGGCUGUGCCCCCUGGAGCCUGUGCAGGAUGAGCUGCUCUAUGCUCGGGACCUCAUCAAGGAUGCCAAGAACUCCCGGGCGCUGUUUCCCAGCCUCUAUGAGCUGGGCCACGUGCUGGCCAAUGACGGGCCUGUGCGGCAGAGGCUGGAGUCAGUAGCCAGUGAGGUGUCCAAGGCUGUGGACAAGGAGCUUCAGGUGAUCCUGGAGUCCAUGGUCAGCCUAACACAGGAGUUAUGCCCUGUGGCCAUGCGGGUAGCCGAGGGGCACAACAAGAUGCUGAGCAAUGUGGCGGAGCGUGUCACUGUGCCCCGGAAUUUCAUCCGAGGGGCGUUGCUGGAACAGGCGGGACAGGACAUUCAGAACAAGCUGGAUGAAGUGAAGCUCUCGGUCGUCACCUAUCUGACCAACUCCAUAGUGGACGAGAUCCUGCAGGAGCUAUACCACUCCCACAAGAGCCUGGCCCGGCAUCUGACCCAGCUAAGGACACUGUCAGAUCCACCAGCGGGGCCAGGUCAAGGACAGGAUCCGUCCUCUCGGGGCCGAGGCCGGAACCAUGAGCACGAGGAGACCACAGAUGAUGAACUUGGGACCAACAUUGACACCAUGGCCAUCAAAAAGCAGAAACGCUGCCGCAAGAUCCGGCCGGUAUCUGCCUUCAUCAGUGGGAGCCCUCAGGACAUGGAAAGCCAACUGGGGAGCCUGGGGAUCCCCCCUGGCUGGUUCUCAGGACUCGGGGGCAGCCAGUCAACAGCUAGUGGCUCCUGGGAAGGUCUAUCCGAGCUGCCCACUCAGGGCUAUAAACUAAGGCAUCAAACACAAGGGAGGCCCCGGCCUCCCAGGACCACCCCUCCAGGACCUGGUCGGCCCAGCGUACCAGUCCCUGGGGCUCGUCAGGAGAAUGGGAUGGCCACCCGCCUGGAUGAGGGGCUGGAGGACUUCUUCAGCCGAAGGGUCAUGGAUGAAAGUUCCAGCUACCCCCGGACUCUGAGGACAGUGCGGCCAGGCCUCUCAGAGCCGCCGCUGCCUCCACUCCAAAAGAAGAGGCGUAGAGGCCUGUUUCACUUUCGCCGGCCCCGGAGCUUCAAGGGGGACAGGGGUCCUGGGUCCCCUACAGCUGGACUCCUCCUCCCUCCACCCCCACCCCCACCCCCGACUCAGGAGAGCCCCCCCAGCCCAGACCCCCCAAGCCUCGGCAAUAACUCCUCUCCCUGCUGGAGCCCAGAGGAGGAGAACAGCCUCCUCCCUGGAUUUGGGGGAAGCCGGGGGCCUUCCUUCCGCAGGAAGAUGGGCACUGAGGGACCAGAGCCAGGGGAAGGGGGCCCAGCCCCUGGAACAGCACAGCAACCAAGGGCACAUGGCGUUGCCCUUCCUGGGUUGGAAAGAGCCAAAGGUUGGAGCUUUGACGGGAAACGAGAGGGCACAGGCCCAGACCUGGAGGGCAGCACCCAGGCUUGGCAGAAACGACGCUCUUCGGAUGAUGCAGGGCCUGGAGCCUGGAAGCCCCCCCCACCACCCCAAAGCACCAAGCCAAGCUUCAGCGCCAUGCGCCGAGCAGAGGCCACGUGGCACAUAGCUGAGGAGAGUACCCCCAACCACAGCUGCCAGAGCCCCAGCCCAGCCUCCCAAGACGAGGAGGAGGAGGAGGGGGCCCUAUUCCCAGAGAGGACAGUUCCAGCUAGGAACGCCAAGCUACAGGACCCCCCUUUAGCACCACGACCCCCCAAGCCAGUAGCUGUACCCAGGGGCCGCAGGCCCCCCCAGGAGCCAGGGGGCAGGGAGGAGGCAGAAGGGGCUGGCACAGCCCCAGGAGUCAACAAACCCCGGCUGCGGCUGGGCUCACAGCAAGACCAAGAGGAGCCUGAGGUCCAAGGGCCCCCUGAUCCAGGUCGCCGGACUGCCCCCCUGAAGCCCAAGAGGACACGGCGGGCACAGUCCUGCGACAAGCUGGAACCUGAUAGAAGAAGGCCCGCUGACCCCACAGGUGCUGGAACCAGUGAGCCAGGAACAGACUGACAGCCGCCACAACACCCUUCCCAGCCCUCCUCUCGACAUGUGCCUCACAAGGACUCAGACCCCCAUCCACCCUGGCUCCCCCAGGCCCCCUGCCAGGCCCUGUCCUACUGGGUAGGAUGGCAGGACCAAGCGUUGGGGAGCAGGAGGCAGGGGGUCCGGAGGGAAGGAGCAACCUGGAGAGAGGGAGGCUCUCAAUGCCUCACCCUGCGAGAGCUUUGGGGUGGAGGUUUGUCUCCUCCCACGAGAGGGCGGAUCUCUGUCCCUCUAUCCCCAGGGGCUC